UUUGAAAACUACCCACAAAAAACGUUUUAGAUCACAUUUAUAAGACGUAGUAAGAAAAUGGAUCAGAAUUCCACACCGAUAAUAAAAGUACCUUCUAGGGUAGUGAAAAGUGAACCGAAAAAAACGAAAAGAAGAUGUAUGCUUGAUUUUUCCUUGCCAAGAGUUGCAACAAAAACUGUUGGGGGAGAAAUCGAGGACAACGUGGAUUCCCGUUUAGGAAGUAAAAAGUAUCCGAAAACUCCAGAACGGUUAUUAUUAUCAACCCCAAAAUGUGCAAGUACACCCGGUAAAAGGAAAUCGAGCUGGAAUGAUGAUCAUAAUAGAGUUAAACGAGCGAAAACUACUGAAAAUAAUUCGAUUGUACCUUUAUAUGAAGAUUAUCAAUUAUUAGGUGAUAGUCAACUUAUGAGAUUUUCCGAACAAUUAUUAUCAUUUAAAUCAUUAUAUUCUGAUGGUAUAAGACGUAUUGGUUACUGUGUAAGUGGUCAAAAAAUAGAUGAAUUAAAGAAACGAUUAUUAAAAGGAGAAUUUGAGAUUCAUAAAAAUGUUAUACUUUUAAUUGGGACUAAUGAUUUUAUUCAAAAGACAGAUUAUCAAGUUAUGUGUUCAUCUUAUACCCAACUACUCCAGUUUUUGAAAUUAAAAUGUUCCAAAAUCAUUUUAAUGACUGUUCCUCCAGUAGCUAAAUUUGAGAGUGAUAAAAAACAUUGGAAAUUAUUGCAGCAAUUUAACCAGUUUAUUGGCAGUUUCAUAGAUGGUAGAUGUUUAAUGUUACACAAAUGUUAUGGAUUUUAUUCUACACCUUUUACUGAAUAUGAAGUUUUUGUUUACUAA